AUGCGCCCACGUCGUUGCGGCAAAACGUCGCGGUGGUUCGUCUGGGACCCAGCGGGCAUCGUCAUCGCUGGGUUUGCGUGGGUCCUUGUCUUUGGGCUAUUGCUGGCAGUGCUCGUGUCGAUUUCUCAGUGGGUGGGGCUACUGUCGCUCAUAGGCGUGACCGAGAGUAUCUGGUUUACGGGCCUCUUCGCCAUGUGCCUCUGGAGCCACGUUGUGGUACUUAUUAGUGAUCCAGGCACAGUCCCGUUUAAGCUUGAGGGGACGAGCAUCUAUGGAGACAAUGGAGCUAAAGACGAUGAUGACGACGUGGAGGAAGUGGUGGAGGAGAUGCUGCUCAGCGAGUUUGAGGAGUGGGAAGACGAUGGCUCGCUGCUUGUCUACUGCGACGAGUGUGCGAUCUACCGCCCGUCCAGAGCUGUACAUUGUCAUGUCUGUCAGCGCUGUAUUGUGAUGCAAGAUCACCACUGUCCGUGGGUGAACAACUGUGUGGGAAUUGGCAAUCAGAAAGCUUUUCUGUUACUAUUGCUGUACGUAACGACCACGAGUGUACAGGCGAUAGUGCUGGUGUUCACGCAGUAUGCCACGUGCUCACGGGGCAAGUACUUAUGUGGACUGCAGAACGACCAGUUUCCAGGCAAGCUUGGUGGAUGGAUUCUCGCCAUAUCGACCGUGUUCGGUCUAUUCUGUUCGCUUAUGCUGGCAAUGGAGCUGUACAAUAUUUAUCAAGAUCCGCUUUUUACGCUGAUUGCUGACCAACUUACUGCUCGUCGCGGUGGUCACAAAUCAUCGUCGACGCUAGAGCGCCAUCUGAGUGUCAUUUGUGGGACAGAUGGCAUGCGGGCGUCGUGGUUCUUUCCGUCACCGGAACGCCGCUCACUAGAAGACAAGGAGAUCGUACAGGGCUUCCGGGGUCACCCGGAAGAUGGUAAGAUUUGCUGA